UCCUCCUUUUGGGCUUGCAAGGGGAACGGAGAGGGUCGAGUCGAACUUUGCAGCAGCAGGUUUAAAGGCUUCGGCAGAACACACUCUGCCUGUCUUGUGCCGCUCCAUUUGGGGUGUCGCUCAACCUUCGAUGCCAAUGGGGCUCUUCCCUCUUAGCUCUCCUGCUCCCGUACUAUCUCUGGGUGAGAUUCAGCAUUUCGUGUCCACUGGAAGACAAUCCUGCUCGCGAGAUGAACGAUAUCUGCACCAUUCGCAAGUGCUGCCUAGUUUGAUUACAUUUUAGGGUGCAGAAGGAAUGUCGCGAAGUCAGAACUCUGCGGCUAGCCAUAAACUGAAAGCUUGGAGGUGAAACGGUGGAGAACCUAGGUGACAACGAGAGAGAGCACGCUGGAAUGCUUUUCAUGCAAUACGCUUGGAUGUGUUCUAGCGUGCCCUCUACCGUUGUCGCCAAACAUCUUCUCCAUGACUUCUCCUCUCGUCUGUAUUCAUGUUCUAUGAGCCUGCAGUUAGUGUUGUAUUUCACUGUACGCUUUCGAUUUGGCAGUGAGUGGAGCAAGAAACUCAUGCUCCAGAUAAUCCUCAAAUCUGUUCAGUGCUGCCGACUACGGUUGGUGCAUGAUCACCGUGAGGUCGUGUUCGUCAGCAGUUCGAUUGUCCUAAGCGUCAAGUUGACUGGUUUGAGAUUGAUCGGAGCUGAAAUCGAUAUCCUGCUUCUCCAAAGUGAGGUUGCUCCGGAUUAAGACUGCAUAAUGCUUAGUUAAUAUUCCUGCAAGCAAACUUGCUCAGUGGAAAGUAGUAGUCUUUUCAUCUUUGCUAAAACCCAGGAUGAGCUGCUGCUCUGUUGUUAAGUACCCACAAGCCAUGACCCUCCAAGUAUUCCUUAAUGAGUAUAAUAUUUUUUCCUGAAGGCUUUAACUCCUUCACCACUUGUCCUGUAUAAUUCAUUCAAUUCGCAUGCAUACUGUACUCUUGUAA